GUCAGGCUUCAAAAGUGGACACUCCACCGAGACUGCCCUGCUGUCUGUCACUGAGUUGCUGAGACAGGCAAAAGCUGAAUCCAGAUCAUCCGUCCUGAUUCUACUGGACCUUUCUGCAGCCUUCGACCUAGUCAACCAUCAGACUUACUCUCCACUCUCUCUUCACUGGGCAUCACAGGAACUAUGCUUGGCUGGUUUAAUUCCUAUCUCUCAGCCCAAUGACACCACAGUGUCUGCUCGAAUCUCUGCCUGCCUGGCAGACAUCUCGGCCUGGAUGAAGGAACACCACCUGCAACUUAACCCAGCCAAGACCGAACUCCUUGUCUUUCCAGCCAACCCUGCUGUUGAACACAACAUCACCGUGCAGCUGUGUGCAUCUACAGUAACACCUUCCAAAACGGUCAGAAAUCUAAGGGUAACCAUCGAUAACAAACUAAAUUUUAUAGACCACAUCUCAAAGACCACAAGAUCAUGUAGAUUUACACUCUACAAUAUCAGGAAGAUAAGACCCUUCCUCUCUGAACAUGCCACACAACUUCUUGUUCAGUCACUUGUCAUAACUAGACUGGACUACUGUAACGCUCUCAUUGCAGGCCUCCCUGAAUGUGCAAUUAGACCCUUGCAAAUGAUCCAGAAUGCAGCAGCACGUCUGGUCUUUAAUCAACCAAAGAGAGCGCAUGUUACACCACUCCUUGUCUCUCUUCACUUGAUGCUGGCACACAAAACAGUCACUGGGUCUGCUCCAGCAUACUUAAAAUCAUUUCUGCAGAGCUACACGCCCACUAGAAGCCUGCGGUCGGCUAAGGAAUGUCGCUUUGUUGUAACAACACAAAGAGGCACCAAAACACUUUCUCGGACUUUCGGCCACGUUGGUUGAAUGACCUUCCCAACUCCAUCCGUGAAGCUGACUCACUUUCUGUCUUCAAAAAAUGGCUAAAAACACAUC